AUGGGGUACCUGUUCAUUGCACUGGUGCUGUCCUCACUGGGGACCACGGAACGGGUGUCUGCUCUGGCCAGGUUUCAGCCGUCAAAGGACACGACGGCGGUGACGAGAAACGUCCCCGGUAGAGCUGGCGGAGAGACGCGUAAAGACCAGUCCGCAUCGCGCCCGCCGCACCUCCAGCUCCCCGUGUUUCUGCACUCGCGGUUGCCGCUGGUUAAGAAGGAGAACUUCUCUCCUGCAGGCGGUUCUGGGAAGGAGCAAAUACCCGUGAAAGUCAGGAAGAUUCUUCUACCAAAUCCAACUGAGAAUCCAACAAACGGUUCGGGGGGGUCCUCCGGUGUCAGGACCUGGUGUGAUGGGAACCAGAUGCGAGUGCAGGUCCCGAAAAGCCUCCUGGGCUCGGGACGGUUUUCCUCCCGUUUGAGACUUGGGACCUGCAAACCCACCAGCGCUACCGAGGACUACCUGUAUUUUGAACAUGACAUCGGUUCGUGCGGAAAUAACCUUACGAUCAUCAACAACCGGGUGGCCUAUCUAAAUACCCUGAGCUAUGACCCACCACGACUCUCUGGACCCAUCAGGAGAGCUGCGCCGUUCACCCUGCCCAUCUCCUGUCAGUUCAACAGGUACCAAUAUUCUUACAAAAUUGGAUACACGCCCAAAAUGCAGCUGCGCAAGAUCUUCAAGCCGAUGAAGAACAGAGCCAAAUUUGUCCUCACACCAAGAAACGCUCAGUGGAAAAGGCUUUCCCCAUCCAGUCAGUAUUUGAUUGGAAAGCCGAUGUACUUCCAGGCUGAGGGUCCAUCCAUGACCGCAGACGAAAGGCUGUACAUCAACUCCUGCUAUGCAACCCUGAAGAAGUCGUACACUUCGAUGCCUCAGUUCCCAGUCAUUGAAAACUUCGGAUGCAUGGUUGAAAGCAAAGGGGGUCGCUCCAUGUUCAUCCCAUACAAAAAGAACUUGGUGAGAUUUACUGUGGAUGCAUUCUUAUUCAGAGGGAUGACUGGGAAGCAACUUUACAUGCAUUGCACCAUGUCGGUAGGCAGCUCUGUCCCUUCUCCAGUGGCCAAGUCCUGUAACUACGACACCAAAGAAGGAAGAUGGAAGGAGUUGUACGGUCCAGCUUCAGUGUGUUCCUGCUGUGACUCCAAAUGUGACUCAAUGGCCUCUGCCGGCUCUCCGGCCACCAAGCUGGUGAGUAGCAGACCGUGGACCGUCGAGUUUGACGUGAAGUCCACUUCUCCAAAGAGGAAGACGAUCCCACCAACGGCCACAACAAGAGCAAACGUGGCUAAAAAGGUGGCAGAAACCGUGGUGACGGCACAGCCGGAGGAACGAGGGGUGACUGCGGUCACCAAGGAGGCGAAAGGCGUCAGGGAGUCGGAGGAGUGGCCCUUUGGAGGCGGAGGUGUGAAGUGGGUUGAGGAAGAAGGUGACAGGAAGCGUGUGAGGGGCUUCGCUGUGGUGGUGGAGGAGGAGGAGGUGGAGGAGAAGGUGAAGGUGAAGGAGGAGGUCACUGAGCCACGCAGAAUAUUCGAAGAGAUCUUUGAUUUUGACAAAUGA